AUGGCGUUGCUUUUCCUGUUGCUGGCCGUGCCCACCAGUCCCGGUGCAGCCUUCGACGCUUGGCAGUACCCGAAUGACCACAAGGUGGUCAAUGACAGAGAGGCCAACUCCAUCUCAAGCUACAAGGCCAUGAUUUCGGAGGUGCACAGCUUCGGCGUCCGGACCAGCAAGUACACGGAGAAGGGCUUGCCGAUCCUCGCCAGGCAAACCAGCACCCCGAAGCCGGACCGGUGGCUGAUGCUGGAGCUCCGCGGAGACGGCCAUGACGAGAUCAUGCUCGCCAUACGAAAUGACAACCUCUACAUCGAGGCCUUCGCCAACAGCUCCGGGAAGUGGCACACCUUCGCCAACAUCCGCAACCUCAUCCCACGGGCCACCAUCCUCCCCUUCAAGGACAGCUACAGGGGGCUGGUGAACGGGCACGCCAACCUCGGGAUGCUGGAGCUCGGCAAGGAGACCACGCUCCGGGCGCUCCACGAGUUGGCCGUGUACAAGCAGUCAGUUGGCGCCGACACCAGCUGCGUCUCCCGCGCCCUGGCCAUAAUGGCUGUCACCUUCUGCGAAGCAACGCGCCUCAGGCCAAUCCAAGACUACAUCCUGCCCAAAUGGCUCUCCGGUGGCGCCACGAUCCAGAAACCCUUGUAUGUGGUGAGAUGGUCCGACAUGUCCUGCGCCGUCCUUGUUGCGCGCCAGAAAAAGGGACGCUACGACGGGCCUGAGGCUGUCAAGCUCAAGGACGAGUUGGGCAUGACAAGCCUGAAUGAGGUCGUCGGUGCCCUCUCUCUCAUCCUCUGGCCCAAGGACAACUCCUGCGACUCAGGCCCCAUCACCUGGCCUAGGGCAUGA